AUGCCCCGCGUCGCUGUCAUUCAGUGGUCAAUUAAGAACCUCGCUGUGGAACACAACCACGCGACGGCAUGCGAAUACAUUCGCUCUGCCGCUGCACAGGGCGCUGAGCUGGCAGUGUUACCUGAAUACCACCUCUUUGGCUGGGCACCAGAAGACCCGCUCUUCGCUACGUAUGCCUCCCAAACAUCAAAGUACCUGCAGGCUUACCAGUCCCUCGCCAAAGAGCUGAACAUCUCCAUUGUCCCGGGCACAUUAGUGGAGAAGCAUCCUCACCCGGAGCAAAACUCCUCUGAACCUGUAGAGGGUAGGGACGGAGAUCAAGACGCCUAUGUCCUCUAUAACACAGCAUACUUCAUCUCCAACACUGGCGCCAUCCUCGGCCGGUACCGGAAGAAAAACAUCUGGCAUCCCGAGCGGGAGUAUUUGACUUCGUCUGCGAUGGAACGGCAUGAGGUCUUUGAUACGCCGAUAGGGAAGGUUGGAUUGCUGAUUUGCUGGGACUUGGCCUUCCCUGAGGCGUUCCGCGAACUAAUAUCUGCCGGGGCGGAAAUUGUGGUUGUGCCCACUUAUUGGGGUCGCUACGAUGCCAACCCCGCAGCACUCAAACACAACCCAAACUCGGAAGCGCUCUUCCUCGACUCCGUGCUUACAGCGCGGUGCUUCGAGAAUACUUGCGCCGUUAUCUUCGCCAAUGUUGCCGGCGAAGAACAGUUCCUGGGUAUGUCGCGGGUUGUUCUCCCCGUCGUUGGGCCGGUCGCGAAGAUGGGAAAUGAGGAGGGGGUGUUGGUUGCAGAACUGGAUAUGGACCUUGUCAAGAUUGCUGAGGAGAAUUAUAGGGUCCGAAUGGACUUAGGGAGGGAAGGAUGGUAUUACUCUUAUCGGCAUUCGCAGGGUAAAUUGGAGGGUCCGUGA